AGUCCACUAGGUUUCGCUAGUGCGUUUACUGCUCCUCUCGAAGUCACAAAGACGUUGAAGGUCGAAGUUAUCUAACACUGCUCUGUUGGAGCCGGUGUCUGUACGGAAGUGGGCAUUUUAAAGAACUUCUGGGAGAGAUUUAAAAUUAAAAAUGUUUCACAAUGGCCAGACUUACCAGCGUUCUGACACAGUAGUGGUAUCAUUAUUGUCACCAGCUAACGAUGAUGAGAACAAAAGUAGAUUCUUCAGCAGGGAAGGUCUUGCUGUCACCAGAGGAGGCCACAAAGGAAAUGCUAUUGCUGUAUUAACCAGUGGUGGCGACUCUCAAGGGAUGAAUGCUACUGUUCGAGCUGUUGUCAGAAUGGGACUAUAUAUGGGUGCUAGAGUCUACUUCAUCAAGGAAGGUUAUCAAGGAAUGGUAGAUGGUGGAGAAAACAUCGUAGAAGCAGGUUGGGUUGGUGUUUCAGGAAUCAUCCACAAGGGUGGAACAGUGAUUGGAAGUGCUCGAUGUAAAUCAUUCCGCGAGAGAUCAGGCCGUCUAAGAGCUGCAGCAAAUUUGGUGAAGCAUGGUAUCUGUAACCUGGUGGUUAUUGGUGGUGAUGGUAGUUUGACGGGUGCUAACAUUUUCCGCCAAGAAUGGUGUUCUCUACUUGAUGAGUUGGUUGAACAAGGUGAAAUAACACCAGCUAAACAAGCUGAGUGUAGCACCUUAAACAUUGUAGGCAUGGUUGGUUCUAUAGACAAUGAUUUUUGUGGGACUGACAUGACUAUUGGGACAGACUCUGCUCUCCACAGGAUUGUGGAAGCUGUUGAUGCCAUAGUCACUACAGCUUCGAGCCACCAGAGAACAUUUAUACUGGAAGUUAUGGGAAGACAGUGUGGGUAUCUUGCCCUAGUGGGAGCUCUAGCAAGUGAGGCAGAUUUUGUUUUCAUCCCUGAGUGGCCUCCUGAAAGUGAUUGGCCUGACAAGCUGUGCAAAAAAUUGAAACAGGAACGAGAUUUAGGUCAGAGACUGAACAUCAUUAUUGUGGCUGAAGGAGCAAUUGACAGGCAGGGGAAUCCCAUCACUGCAGAACAGAUAAAAAAGGUUUUAUUCAACAACCUAAAACAAGAUUCUCGUAUAACUGUUCUUGGCCAUGUGCAGCGUGGUGGAUAUCCAUCAGCUUUUGACAGAGUUUUAGGCUGUAGAAUGGGUGCCGAGGCUGUAUUGGCUUUAUUUGAGGCUACUCCCGAGUCUGAGGCUUGUGUCGUAUCACUAGAUGGAAAUCAAGCUGUUAGAGUGCCUCUGAUGGAAUGUGUGGAGAAGACAAAAAGAGUUUCAAAGUGCAUGGCUGAUUUUCAGUGGGAAGAGGCUGUAAAACUAAGAGGAAGGAGUUUUGUGAGAAACCUUCAGACUUACCGAAUGCUAACAAGAUUAAGGCCUCCAAAAUCAGCAUUUGAUGCCUUGGGACAAGGAACUUCAGAGAAAAGGGGUGGGUAUGCUUUAGCAGUAAUGCAUGUUGGAGCUCCAUGUUGUGGAAUGAAUGCUGCCGUGAGGUCAUUUGUUCGAAACUGCCUUUAUCGAGGCGAUGUGGUAUAUGGUAUCCAUGAUGGAAUAGAAGGACUAAUUGAAGGAAAUGUUCAAACGAUGGGAUGGAGUGAUGUAAAUGGUUUGGUUGGUCAAGGUGGAGCUUUUUUAGGAACCAAAAGAACCCUUCCAGAACCACAUAUGGAGCAGGUUGUCAGUCGUUUGAAAGAAUUUAACAUUCAAGCACUGCUGGUUAUUGGAGGAUUUGAAGCUUUUCACACAGUCUUGCAAUUGGCUGACAACAGAAGCAGGUACCCUAUUCUCAGGAUGCCCAUGUGUGUAAUACCUGCAACUAUUAGUAACAACGUCCCUGGUACAGAGUUCUCUCUCGGUGCUGACACAGCUUUGAAUGAAAUUACAGAGAUUUGUGAUCGUAUCCGGCAGUCUGCACAAGGAACAAAACGACGAGUGUUUGUUGUGGAAACAAUGGGUGGUUACUGUGGUUACUUAUCUACUCUUGCUGGAUUGGCUGGUGGUGCUGAUGCUGCUUACAUCUUCGAAGAGCCUUUUUCCGUCAACCAAUUGAUGGACGAUGUAAUGCACAUGCAAGCUAAAAUGGCAGAAGGUGUACAGAGAGGACUUAUCCUUAGGAAUGAAUAUGCUAACCCUAACUACACUACAGAAUUCAUCUACAGACUGUAUAGUGAAGAAGGAAAAGAUGUAUUCUCAGCACGAAUGAAUGUACUGGGUCAUAUGCAGCAGGGUGGAAGUCCUUCUCCAUUUGAUCGCAACUUUGGAACUAAAAUGGCUGCUAAGGCUGCUGAUUGGCUAAUCAGUCGUUUGAAAGAGUCCAGAGAAAAUAAAGAUCCAAGUGCAGGUACAGACCUUGAAACGGCUGUGCUGCUUGGAUUAGUCCGCCGUCAAUACUGCUUUACCCCAGUACAGAAACUCAAAGACAUUGCUGACUUUAAGCACAGAAUCCCUACCCAUCAGUGGUGGUUGAAGCUUCGACCCUUGCUUAGAAUCUUAGCCAAGCAUGAAUCCACUUAUGAGGUUGAAGCAGAGCCUACUGAUUAUGAUUGGGAAGACUGACUAAUCUUAGGUUGAGCUUAUAGUUGUCUGUUAAAUUUAAGUAUUAAAUUAAUAGUGAUUUUAUUUCGUGAUAUCAGUAGUGACUUCUUGAAGAAUCUGUAUUGUUCCAUCAGAAUUUAUUGUUCUUGGUCAGUAAUGUGCACAUGUUUGGUAAUAAUGAUUUUUGUGUAAAUGUGUGUAUGAUAAAUUUUCUGUAUUAUUUCCAAGUUUAAUUUGAGUAUGAAGCUUUUUCAAUCAUUGCAUGUUAUAAACCAACUAAUGUUAUAUGAUGAUGAUGCAGAACAGUUCUGUGAAUUAGUGGUUAGUUUAGCAUCUGAAACUGAGUAUAGUUGAAAAUUAUGGAUUAUGUAUAACCUUUCAUGUUAAGUUAGAACAUAUAUAUUUGAGUAGGGAAUGAAAUUUUUAGGAGGAAGAGGGGGGUUACUUGAUGGGGUCUGGGACAUGCUUUCCUGGAAAACAUUUUAAACCAUACAAACUGACUGAUUCCAAACAUUUUGCAUAAAACAGUGGGGUUGAGUUGGUAGCAUAUUUUACCCCCCCCCCCAUUUUUGGUCUGAUUACCCCUUGUUAUUCAUCCAUUUUGUAAUCACAAGCCAUCCUAUUCCCCCCACCUUAUCUUUCAUCUGGAUCAGCCCCUGAUGGGCAACACAAUUCUCUUUUGGUAACCAUAUUUUAUUCUUGCAUAUAGAUAUUAUGCAAUAUAUAAAAAUUUAUUUUUAAUGCAGGUUUCUUUAUCUGUAUCACACAGGUAUUUGCUGCUUUUAUUGCCCUUUCUCCGUUAAUUUUAAUAUACUGUGCUAGUUAAACAGAGUUUAAUAAUUAGAGUAGUGUAAUGGUAUUAGUCUCUUAAUUUAUUAGAAAAUGAUGUGAUACUUUUUUUAAUUGUAAAAUUGUUGUAGAAAAACAAAGUUUGACUUUUCUUUUUCUACUAGAUUUGUUUGUCUUCUGUCACCAAUUAAUUUUAUUUACUUCUUUAUGUGAGAAACACAAAAAUUUAAUUUAGUUCUUUCUUUUUUACUGUGAUGGGAAAUUGACCAAAGAAAAGUGUUAUAUUAAUCUGAUAAACACAUAUGUCCUGUGUUAUAAAUAAAAGUAUUUUUGAGCUUAAUAACACAUUUUUCUCUAGUUAUAUAAAGAUUUUAUUGUUAUGUAUAGUUGUUUUUUAUUAGAUAAAUGGAUUUCUUAUUGAAAUUUCUUGGAAAUCAUGAAUGGAUUUUUAAAAGGUUUUUAAACCUUACGAAGUGCUACUUUCAAAGGCCUAGUUGCAAUAGAACUAUUUAUGUGUUAAAAUGUAAGUGGAAAAUCUGAAAGUGGUAUUCAGAACUUGUAUCAUUCAGUAUACUUAUUCCAGAUUUAUUAGAGUAUCAGUAGAUACAGCACAGCCAGUUUUUAGUAAAAUUUUAUGUUUUAAGUGCUUCCUUUUCAACAAUGGCAAAAAAAAUUUUUUUUGCUUCAAUUUAACUCAUUGUGAAAGUUUUGGUUUUUAAAUAUGUUAAUUAACAGUAGUGACAUUUUACAAACAAAUAACACUAUCGGAAAUUGUUUUCUACAAAUAAAUGUUUCUUGGGAUUUCCAUUAUGGUGCACAUAAUCCUGAAAUGUUUUUUAGUGAUUAUCAGCUGUAUCAUGAUGGACUAUGUCUACCUCAUCUGAAUAUUUAUAACUUGUUUCAAAUCAAACAUUCCAAGUUUAUUUCAGCUACUUUUAGUGUAAAAGCUUUGUUUUACUAAUAUAUUUGUUUUGCAAAUGAACCAUUAAUGCAUUUAAUAAUUGUAUUAAGUUUUUUUUUGUGCAAAUUUUUGUGAACUUCCUAUAGGAUAGCACCAUAAUAACCAAUAUCAGUUAUGGUUGUAUAUCAAUUGGAUACUAGAAAUUUGUUGCAAAUAAUUCUUUUUUUGUAAGUUAUAACACUUACGAAAACAGCAUUGUUGAUAUGAAUGUUAAUGCUAAAGAUGAUUACAAUAUAUUUAAGAUUUACACUCUGUUUAUAUUGAUAUUUUUUUGUGUGAUACAUCAUGAUGUACCAAAGUUUAAAGGUUGUUGAACUGACAUUUUGUGAUGGGAUGUUUUUACGUGGGUAAUUCACCUUCACAAUGUGGUAAAGUUUAAUUGUUGUUGAACUGACUCUUUGUGAUCAGAUGAUGUUUUAGAUGAGUGAUUUAUCUUCAUGAUUUAGGAACGUUUUACAGUUUAUUGAACUGAAUUUAUGGUAAUUGAAUGGUGUUUUAGUGGGUGAUUCACCUUCAUGGCAUAGGAAAAUUUUACAGUUUGGUGUGAUGUUUUAUGUGUGAUUUACCUUCUUAAUAUGGUGGAAGUUUUAAGAAGAUCUUAAAGAGAGUUUUACCUGAAUAAUGUUUCAUGUGAGUAAUCCACCUUUAUGGAAAGAUCAAAGCUAAAAGGGUGUUUUAUAUAAUAACACAAUUGUAAUUGAUCUAAAGUCAUUAAUUAGGUCUGAGGUAAAAUUUUUUCUUAAAUCCACCUUGUUUCAGCAUUAAUAUACCAUAUACUCAGCCACAUAGACUUAACCCAACUAGAAAUAUGUUAAUGUUAAGACUUUAUUUAUUUCUAAGCAAUAGCAGUAAUUAAGAAAAAAAUAAAUAAGGAUUUUUUUAAAAAUUUUAAAAUAUGAUUAAAGUAACAUGUUGUGUAUGCAGAAGAGGGAACAAAGCACUUUUAGUUUAAAAUGUGUUACUCUAGACUACUUAAUGUUUAAGUUAAACUAGUGGAGUUUUAAUUUUAAUUUAGA